AUGCUCAUACCCUCAUCGAGAUGUUCAGCACUCUGUACGCCGUGUAGUACGAUAUCAAGAUGCUGCAUACAGCCUCACAUCUUUAAACAAAGUAGAAGUUCAUACGCUACCUUAACACACGUACCACCUCAUUCAUCUCAACCCAUAUCCAGUAUACAUCAUCAUCCUACUGCAGUCAACGACCCACUCACCCAGUACAUCUACGACAACAUUGCGACUAUCACCAGAUACAGCCCCCUCAGUAGCGGUAGUCAUCGUCUGAGCAUCUCUCGAACACUUCCGGAAAUCCUUCCUUAUGAACCAUAUCCUGAAGCCAAUCGACGUGCCGACUCAUCGCAAUCUCUCAAUGAUAGACAAGGAGAUGGGAUAGUCGUCGUCGUUCAUCUAUUCAAGAGCGGUCCAGAUAAUCAGGUAGACUUUGUGAUAUCUUCUGGGUUCGUAGUGCAGCCGGAUGGACCUCAAGAAGAGCAAAUGGUGAUCACUUGCUCUCAUACUUUGGACCAGAUUUCGAACAGAUAUAGCAAGAGCCCCAUCUACUCUUUCAUCCUGUCUUCCGUAUCCACCUCAGCCCCUGUGGUACUACCCAUAACAGCGUAUCCAUCCUGCUCCGUCGCCGACCUGCUCAUCUGCACCAUCCAUCCAUCAAAUGUGCUCUUACGCAGCCUACCAGUCAGUCCGUUCCCGGUCUACAGAGGUCAAGAGGUUCUGGUGCAUGAGUUCACCUCGCAGAAGACAUCUCGAGGCAUACCAUGGAUCGGAGGGAUGAUGCAGCGUGAAUGGAGAUCGGCUGAGAUGCUUGGAUAUAGGAAUUAUGGCUGGAGGGAGGUCCAGCCAGGUACCUCGUCAGUUUUACCUUAUAUCAUCUUCUCAACCAGACCCAUCAAUGGAUCAUCGGGUGGACCUAUCCUAGAUGCAGCAUCCGGCGCUGUGGUCGGAAUUGUCAGUGGAAGUAGGACUUUGAGUGCGGUAGAAGGUGAGAGAGGUUGGGGCGCUUCAGCGGAGAACAUCUUCGAGCUUUUUUCCCUGCCUGGAUUUAUCCCAGCAUCUCGAAAAAAAAGAUUAUGA